UUCCUCCACCAUCAAGUCCAUGCCUCCGAAAACAAAUAACUGGCUAACUAAUCGCAUACCUGACAUGGACUGGCAACCGGCCAUAGAGAUAGAGGUAGACAGAAAAUUAUGAAACAUGAUAAAAGGGGGAAGAAGAAUUUUACCCAUGCAUAGGUUGUAUGUAUCAAACAUAACUAUACAUGGCAGCAUGGAGUACGGUACCGGUACCGUUACCUUCUACCGAUGAAAUAUGAAUCAAUAAAAUUUCAAUUGGAAUAUUUCAAAGAAAUCUAUGGACAAAUAGAACAAGUGAAACAGAACAUUUAACAGAUGAUAAACCAGAAAACUAAAGGCAUGAAAAAUAGAAUAAGAAGAAUUUUCGGGUCUAGUAAAGUUUGAUACCCCAAAUACUUCCAGUGGGCGUAGCAUAACGAAUUUCGCAUAGGCUAUGUUUUUUUUAAUCCUCACCUGACCAAGUCAUCCAAAAAUUACGUCAUUAUGACGUCACCAUCAUGUCAUUGGGCUUGCCAAAGUAUAUAUCAUUCAGAUACAAAAUGACACAAAUAUAAAUUAGACACCUUGGAUGUAUUUUGAAGUGAGCAGUAAAUUUUGAGGUAGAGUAACCAAGUCAUAAGUGUAAUCGAUUUUUUCUUUGCGUUCCUAUUGCUAUACUGUGCUAAGAAACAUAGUAUUUUGUCCGAAUUGAUCAGUAGUAUGAUAGACAGCCUUCUUUUUUGCAUCUUUUCAUGUUUUAUUUCUCUUAUGUUAACAGGUUUUCGUUUUUAUCUUUAUAGUAAUUAUUUGUGGUAAAAUAUUUCAUAGGCCUAUUGUUUAAAUUUUCCUGUGCUUAUUUUUUUGCAUUGCAGAAAAUUUUCUGUAAACUAAGACAUGAUGGAUACGCGAUCGUUGGCAAAUCUACAUUUGUCAUUUGCCGGAGUAGUUUACAAUCUUGGUAUAACUGCGAAGAUUGGAUGUUUAUUACUAAGCAUGUUCUUUAUGCUUUCUUUUUUAUUUGAUCCUCUCAAACCUCUUGGCGUCACACCUGGAUAUCUGAUUCCACCGAAUUUUUGGAUAUGGACUUUGAUUACGCAUCCAUUUAUUGAAACAAACACAAUUUUGUUUAUUUGUAGCAUUGCCUUUGUUGUCGUCAGUAGCAAUGCAUUAGAAGGAUCUUUUGGAACUACGAAACUAUCAAUUUAUUAUGGAAUAGUUUGUGUCUCAUCAGCUGUUCUUUCCGCCCUGUUUUACCUGUUUCUGUACAUGUUGACUUUCAAUAUCGACUUUUUAUUUGCUGUGCAUGUCAAUGGAAUAGGAGGGUUGCUGGGUGGUGCUCUGGUUGCAAUUAAGCAAGCUUAUGGAGAUCAUUUGGUCAUUGGUGCAAUAGGAUUAGAAGUGAAAGACGUGCCGUUGCUUGGAUUCCUUGUAUUAAUUCCAUUGAAGCUAACAGGAUUCUUCAGGGGAAGUUACUUGCUUGCUUAUUCCUUUGGAGCAAUUACUGGUUGGAUUUAUUUACGAUUCUACCAAAAUCACAGUAGAGGAAGAGGUGAUCAGUCAGAAAAGUUCGCUUUUAAAUAUUUUUUCCCUGUUGCAUUCCAAGGGCCCAUUGGGCUGAUUUCUGACAUUAUAUACAACUUUUUGCUGAAGCUACGAAUAUGUAGAAAGACUGUUUACAGAUAUGAUGUAGGAGCACCCAGUAAUAUUACAUUAACUCUUUCUGGAGUAAAUGCUUUAGAUGCAGAACGUCGAAGGAACAAAGCUAUUAAAGCUCUAGAUGAGCGAUUGAAAAAGUCGACAUCUGAUUCAUCUGCGGCAGCGUGGCCGAGUUUAAAUGAUGAUGAUGAAGCGGAAGAAUCAUCAGAGAAAAAGCAGAUUCCAAGCACAAAUGAAAUUUCUAAAAAUGGCCAUGAGUCGUCAUCAGCAGACGGGAGUGCCUCCCCUGAUAUUGUCACAAUCGACAUGGAUUCCCCUUCUGGGGAAAAUAAUUCAUGAUCAAGUACGUAGCUAAAAACCUGUUUUGAAAGGUGCUUAUAUAUUGGCUCUCAACUAUUUGGUAAAAAUAUGAAAAUGCGCACUACUGAUGAUAGCAUUUGCAGAUCGGGUGUUAUCGAAUGUAUAAUGAUGUUUAACUACAGAUAUUGAUUCCAAUGCAGGGCACUUCGUUCAGAGUAAAGCUUAAUUGGCACUUUUUGGGAUGCGUUAUAUUUCCUACCCUCAAUUGAUAACUUGUGAUGUACUACGGCAUAUCUAGAAUAGAUUGUCCGAUAA